AUGCAGUAUUAUGCAGUAUUAUGCGAUAUUACGUUGGUUAUGGAUUAUUAACAGAAAAAAUAUGUAUUUGUUAUGUAGCGACAGAGAGUAUUAUGAAGGUAUUAUGCAGUAUUAUGCGAUAUUACGUUGGUAUGGCCAUCGACAGAAAAUUUAUGUAUUUUUUAUGAAUUAUGAAGGUAUUAUGCAGUAUUAUGCAGUAUUAUGCGAUAUUACGUUGGUAUGGCCAUCGACAGAAAAAAUAUGUAUUUUUUAUGUAACGACAGAGAGUAUUAUGCAGUAUUAUGCAGUAUUAUGCGAUAUUACGUUGGUAUGGCCAUCGGAGGGAAUUACGGUCACAGUUUUGUAUCUCAAAUUUUCAGCCUCCUGAUUGGCUAGAGAUGCCGUACGGGUUGUGGUGUACGUAACGUCCGUGAAAGUAAAAAGGCAAACAAAGAUGGCAGAAAAGAUGUAGCGUAGCUGCAAAAUUCCACUGGCAUCAGGCACAAAAAACGCGAAGUAAGCUGUCUAUAGCUAACACACCUGAAGAUAGGAAUUCUAACAUCAAGCACCAGCAGGUAUGUGUGAAUAUGCAGUUUGUGAUGGAAUUUAUUCAUUACAACCUGAUUGUAAGAAAAACAACCGAUUAAAACGUUAUGAUGGAAGAACAGCAAAAUAGCAUAUUAUAAGCAUGAAAGUCGUUUUUGUUCUAUGGUAAUAGUUGUUGUGAUUGUUAUAAAUAAAUAUAUAUAAAAAUGAGUAAAAUUUGAAAAACCAGAAAGAGACGAUUGCUGUAAUAAUAUCUCCUAUAUAAUUUGAAAAAAGUCCGUCUGGGUGUGAGGCAAGGUAAAUUAUAUUUUCUACAAUUUUCUUUGCCUAAAGAAACAUCUUCUAAAACUAUGUUCUGUAUUUUGAAACUUUAAUUGUCUAAAACAAAUCACAUGAUAAAAUGAAAUAAUUUCAUUAGCUGGGAAUUUUGGCAGUUUUACCCUAAUUUAAAUUUGCUAAAGGUUUUUUAAAAUGGAAUACGAAUUUAUGUUUUGCGUUUGAAUGACGUUUUUAUAUGUCGAAUAUCCCAAAUAGAAAUUACUAUCUGCAAGGAAUCUUUUUACUCCUUGAUGGUUACUCAUGUUUCUAAUCAAAUAUUGGUAGAGCUUAGAGAUAUUUUAUAAUUUUGUUGUUUUGUACAACCUAUACUCAAUUUAUUUUGUUUUGUAAUUAUCUAAAAAAUAGAAAGUAACGAGCUGUGACUAUUGAAGACUGUUUACUUUUUGUUCUCAUUUUCUUGUAAUUUGAGUUAUUGUCGUGAGUUUUGUGAAAAAUAAUACCUUAAAUUUUGUUUUAUGGUAAAGAAAUAUUGUACACGAAUUCGUUUUUUUAUUCUUAACACCAGCAGGUUUAAUGUAGUUAUAUUUCCGUUUAUUAAUUCGACCUGUUAUCCCCUUUCACAGAGAUAGUUAUUUUUUUAAUUUCAUAGUUAGUAAGUUAAGUAUGGACGCCAUAAGUACGGAUGAAGUAGAAUAUGAUGCAAUGCUGACAUCAUUAGAAGAAGUUCCAGAGGUGUUAGUUGAAGACAUGGAGGUUGCUUCCAAUGUUAUUAUUGACAGUGGUUUAGAAGAUACUAAUUUCAGUAUCACGUCAACAGAUCUUGCCAACUCGUCCCAUUCAGUGGAGGCAGAGACAGAUAAAAAGAAAAUCGCAUUGGCAAAUUUAAAUAAAUGCCACGAAGCGUUAGAUUUGGAAACUUCAAUAACAACGGCAAUGCUUUCAUCUUGUUUUAAAGCGAGCAACGCGAUAAUAAAAGCAGAGGACACUUGCUUGACAAUGGCAGCAUCUGGUUAUUAUGAUGAUGUGUUUUAUUGCUCUGUUUUGCAAAUAGAAGUACCAGUUGGAAGAGUUUAUGUGUGCCGCCUUUUUGAAUCUGGUGGAUUUCAAGGGUAUUUUCAUAACGAAGGGCAGUGUUUUAUUCAGCAACGCUUAGGUUUAACGAAUGACCUGUUACCCUACCAUGUCUAUACAAUGGAUGAUGUCAACAUGGAAAAAAUCAGAUCUAGAAAAUUAUACCAAACAAUGCGCAAUUCUGAAAAUUGCAACGAAAAAAAGAAGAAUGUAACUUCAAGGAAUAUAAAAGGCAACAAAAAUAGUUUUUACAAUACUAUGAGCUCGAUUAUGCCAACCAUACAAUCAGAAAAAGUGAAAUGUCUAUUUGUUUUUGGUAUUACGUUGCACAACAGCCAAAAGUUUGAGGCAAAUGAAAAUAAAAUUGAGAAUCGGUACGUAUGUAACCUUGCGCGCAUGCGAUGAAAUGAUUAUACUGAAUUAUCCUUCUGUUUCCUAUUAUUUCUGUGUUUUUUUUUUGUAUUUUAGUCACGUUAUAUGCGAUAAUAAAGAAAUUUGUUCAACACUCCAACCUCAAAUUGUCAAAUAUCGUUCCAAGUCACUUUUUCACAAAGCAUACGGAGAUGUCUCCUUCAGCAAUAUCCCUCUGUGAUUUCUCUGAACGAUC